CGUAUACACUGAUGUGGGCUCCUCACUUAUUAGCUAAACUAUUUGUCAACGACAGUACUAAUUACAGAUGUGGGUCUACAGGCGAUACACUGUGGGCACACUCAGUGCUCGCCUCUUGAUGUGUGUGCGCAAGCAAUGUGCCUAUAUCCAUUUUCAUGCAUAACUUCUGAUGAUAAGCCGUCCGCAUGGGACGGCGCUUGUAUGUCGGCGUAGCGCUCGUUGUGCCACACGCUCAAGUUCCAGGUCUUUCGUUCGUUUUCAUCCCCCACUGCAUCAAUGAUGCAGAUGUUCAUCCCCACCGUACUAUCGGCCCUCGAGGCCCUAUUGAAGGGCCCAAUGUGGUUGCUACGAAAAGCAAUCUCCAUAUUCUUUGGCAAGAGAGAGUCCCCGCCACCACCAGUACCAUCUCCGGCGUUAACCUCACCAUCUGAUUCACCGUAUAAGAGUGUUCACUCGCAGCCUCAGAGAUCAUAUGAACGCACACAGUCGCAGCAGCAAACAUCAACCUACAACCUGUACCCGCCACCGCGUCGAGUGACUGAAUACUCUCAAUCCCCUUCCGCUCAACAACCUUCCGUUCAUCGAUCCCAAUCUGCUCACCAGUCACCUUCGCAGCACACACCCUAUCAGCCUCAUCGCCAACAGAGCGUACGAUUACCUCCACAACCUACGCCCCUCAUAUUUCCUGAUGUUGCUCCGGUGAACGAGCCUAGUCAAAGUGAUAUCCCUCAGCGGCCACGUCGUGUUUCUGGACCUGAAUUACUUACAAGCGCUCCAGAGAUUGCUGUGACGCCUGUUGUGAUUGACCCCUAUGAAGAUGCCGAUUCUCUUCGUCAUAAAGCCAGAAUCGAGGGAGAUCGCAUGGGAGAAUGUUUCAAGCAGAGUCGUGAAGCGUUUAUUCGCAACGAGCGAAGGCUCGCCAAAGAGCUUUCCUUGAAGGGUGAGGCGCACAAAGACAACAUGACGCGGUUGAAUAAGGCAGCCAGCACGAAGAUAUUUGAAGGUAUGAGACUGGUGGACAGACCGUGCAGGGUUUGCCAACUAACCUCCAACCUCAUCUAGAGAAUAAUCAAGUUUGUUGCCUUUCUUAUGAUACAUGCCGCUAUCCGAUGCUUUUCCCAGGGACGCAGGUCCGACACGAUUGAUCUUCACGGACUGUUUGUCCCGGAAGCCAAGCUGCACUUUGACGAAGCUGUUCAAGAGAUUCGGAACAGUGGAGAAUCGUCACUCCGUGUGAUCGUAGGUGAGACGCAUCACACACUCAACUCCAGCAACAGGUUUCAUUGCGAAAUUGCU